GAAUCUAGAGUUACCCGCGCCUCACGCCUUGAUAUCACCACUUUAAGCUUCAAGCCCUGUUACGACGCCACGCCAACUUCUCAUAUCCCUCCUGUCUGUCCAGGACAGCGACAGUUAUACAUACUCCCAGUCGGUUACAAACGUCUCGCCCAUCGUUCUAUGUCAUCUGGAACUCCUUCCGAAGUCUCCGAUCUAUCUAUCAGUGAUACCGAGUCUUUCGCGGACAUACACGACAUGUCGUCCCCUACAUCGCCCGCGCCGGAAGGUGCAGGACCUUCUCUGGCGACCGAGACUGGUGGUUCUGUACCUUUCGUCGAUCGAGAUUCUCCCGAUGAAACCAAGCAUCCCAAGUACUAUUUCGAUGAUGGUUCAAUCGUGGUUCUGGUCGGAAAAUUCAAGUACCGCCUCCACCGGUACUUGUUCUCCAGAGACUCGCCCUAUUUCGCGAACAUCUUUGCCCAUUGCGUGCCCUCCGAGCCUCUCAAUCUGGCUGACAAGAGAUCCUCCGAUUUCGACGCUUUCCUGUCUGUGCUCUACUCGACGUGCUAUCGCCCGCCCGAUAUCGCUUCUGUAGAUGAAUGGUCUGCUGUUCUGCGCCUCUCCACCGAGUGGUCAUUCGACAGCAUUUGCAACCUCGCCAUUGAACGUCUCGAGCCGAUCGCUAGCCCCAUUGAGAAGAUCAUUCUGAGCCAUUCACACUCCAUUCUCAACUGGCUCCCAGCAGCAUACGUCUCGCUGUGUCAGCGUCCCCACCCACUUACGGCUGCCGAAAUCAGAGCUAUUGAGGCGGAAGACGUCGAAGUGGUGGUGUCGGUCCGGGAGACUAUGCUUCGUGCUGGGCUACCGUUAGAGGUGAGCGAAAUUAUUGCCCUCGUCGCCAAAUCAAUCAAGUCUGCCACGAAGGCGGCGACCUUCACACCUCCCGAUCCUAUCCCGGAGGUCACAAACAUGGCAGCUUUUCCACGUUCCAUUCCAGCGACCACAAAGACAGACAUUUCCUCACGUGCUGAUCCUAUUCCACCUUCCAAUCUUAUCCCAGAGGUCAAUGACACGGCGGAAUUGACAUUGGCCGAGCCCGGGACUGAGGCCGCGAAGGUUCAGAAGCUCUACUUCGAGAUCCAUCGUCAAUUCGACUCUUCCAGUCUUCUCCUUCUUGCCUCUGCAGACGGCACGCGAAAUAUCGCCUCUAGGACACUAGCACACAUUCUGUCCUCGUUAGUUCAUACAGAAGUCGCACCCCUCCUCGAGAAGAUGACACCAGAUAACAUCGGCCCCAUCGCACGCGAAAUCGCCCAGUGGAUCGACCUUACAACGCGGGGUAAUGACUGUGUGACUCUCCAGCAGAUUAUUGACCUGGUCUACGACAAGGCAACAAGUGAUCAGGAAUCCGCACGAGUAUGCAGUCUACUAUGCCGACAACUUACAGGCAAGAUCCCGGCAAAGUUCCGACGUCCUGGGGACAGAGACUACGAGGGGGGACCCGUGUUCCGUAACUAUCUCCUUAAUAAAUGCCUCAGAGAAGCCGAGAGCAUUCGCUCGAAGAUAGACUCGGCGACACAGGGCCCGGAAGAAUCAGGUGCCACAGAAAUACUAAGCGGCGACGAGGAAGACGCGCUUUCCAUCGCACAUCAAUGUGGAUAUGCCGCAGUCCACUUCAUUGGCGAACUUGUGGUAGUAGGAGUCUUGGCCAACGACGAUGCCUUCCACUGUCUCAACAGCAUAGUUACCGAAUAUGAGAUCGAAUAUAAAGCCCCUAGCGACCAGCAGGCUCGAUUCGUCUGCGCGUUUUUGUUGACGGUCGGGCCGCACCUUCACCGCGCCAACGACAACGUGAAUAAGCGCAUGAAUCCGUACAUCACUUUCGUCAAGAGAGUCGAUUUUGCGAGCCGUAGUGCACGGACGGCCGCUUUGGUGGAGAAAUUCUCGCAGAUGCAACGUGAUGGCUGGCCUGCAGCAGCAUAGUAUAGAGCGCAAUACAGUCUUUGAAGCAAUUCGAGGAUCUUGGAAACAAAUCACGACCAAUUUACCAGCUAAACGUUGUAUAUUGAUACGCGAAUACACGGCACAUUUUAUUCCCC